GGAAGUGUGAAUCUCAGAGCCACUGAUAGAAGAGGAAGAAGCUGAGAGAGCUCGUUGUUCCUUUUUUUAAUAGGUCCAGUUAGAAUGGACAACAUGAGUGACACGGAUUGCUCAUCUCAGAAGAUCCCCAAAAGUGACUCCAUAUAUCACAUGAGCCACUCCCAGAUGCGGCCAGAGCUGCCCCCUCUGCCUGCUUCUGCUAAUGAAGAACCAUCUGAACUCUAUCGGACAGUCAUGUCGCACAGCUUUUAUCCGCCCUUGAUGCAGCGCACGUCAUGGACCCUGGCUGCACCCUUCAAAGAGCAGCAGCACCACUGUGGACCCAGUGAUUCCAUCGCCAACAACUACUCCUUGACAGCUCGGGACCUGAAGCUGAAGGACCUGCUGAAAGUCUACCAGCCCGUCACCAUCAGUGUCCCUAGGGAAAAGGUCGUUCAAGGACUGCCAUCAGCAAAUAAAAGCUCAUCAGAGCCUAACAAGAAGAAAAUGAAGUUCUCCCCCAAAGACAAAGAGGAUCUCGCUGGGAUGAAGUCAGCCUCAACUACCUUACCUAUGAAGAAGGAGGUUGUGAAAUCUUUGACUUUCCCAGGAAGCAGACCAAUGAGUCCAGAAGAACAGAUUGAUGUGAUGUUACAGCAGGAGAUGAAAAUAGAAAGUAAAGAAACCAAACCAUCCGAAUCAGACUUGGAGAGAUACUACUACUAUUUGACCAGUGGAAUCCGAAAAGACAUGAUUGCCCCUGAGGAGGACAAAGUGAUGGUUCGGAUUUCAAAGCUGAUUUCAAACACACUGCUGACAAGUCCCUUCCUGGAACCCCUGAUGGCUGCCCUUGUGGAGGAGAAGGAAAAUGACUAUUACAGCAGCCUCAUGAAAAGCAUUGUUGAUUACAUCCUCAUGGACCCCAUGGAGAGGACAAGACUCUUCAUUCAGAGCAUCCCCCGAGCAUUUCCUCAAAGAGUGAUCCGGGCCCCCGUGCCCUGGCACAGUGUCUACAAGAAUGCCAAGAAGUGGAACGAAGAGCACCUGCACACGGUGAACCCCAUGAUGCUCAGCCUGAAGCAGCUGUGGUUUUCGGAAUUUAAAGACCUCAGGUUUGUUCGAACAGCAGAAUUACUGGCGGGAAGAUUACCUCUGCAGACUCAUGAAUAUCAGGAUGUCAUUCAGAAACACUGCAUGGAAACACGCCAAAUUCUUCUCAACAAAUGGAUCCCCACCUGUGCCCAGCUAUUUGUCUCCCGGAAGGAGCAGUGGGUCCAUUUUGCUCCCAAGAGUGACUAUGACUCCUCUCGUAACAUUGAAGAAUAUUUUGCUUCUGUUGCAUCCUUCAUGUCCCUCCAGCUCAGGGAGUUGGUCAUUAACUCUCUUAAGGACCUCGUUUCCUUCUUCAUGAUACACAAGGAUGGAAAUGAUUUUGAGGAGCCCUACCAAGAAAUGGAGUUCUUUAUACCUCAGCUGAUUAUGAUCAAACUUGAAGUCAACGAGCCAAUUAUUGCCUUUAAUCCAUCUUUUGAUGACUGCUGGGAAUUAAUACACAACUCUUUCUUGGAAAUUAUUAAGAACUCUAAAGGGAUUCCCAAGGUGGAAUCUAUCCUGUUCCCAGAGUUGAAAGGAUAUAAUCUGAUACUUGGAACUGUUAAUGCUGAUGAAAAACUGGUUUCUGACUUUGUGGAUCAAACUUUCGAGGUAUUUCAGAAAAAUCAAGUUGGUCCCUACAAAUACUUAAAUGUAUACAAAAAGUAUGAUGACUUAUUGGAUAACACGGCAGAACAAAACAUCACUGCAUUCCUGAAGGAAAAUCAUGAAAUUGAGGAUUUUGUGAUGAGGAUCAAUAGCAUUAAAAAGCGGAGAAAUGAAAUUGCAUCCAUGCACAUAACUGUGCCUUUGGCCAUGUUCUGCCUUGACACCAUGACCCUAAAUUAUGAUCUCUGUGAGCGAGCCCAAAAUCUUAAAGACCGUCUGAUUCAAUUCCAAGUGGAUGUAAACCGGGACACCAACACCAGCAUCUGUAAUCAGUACAGCAUCAUUGCCGACAAAGUCAGUGAGAUUCCUAUCAACACUGGGGAGCUAGUAUUCCUCAUUGAAUUCUUAAAGAAAUCCAGUGAUGUCACCGUGUUCAAACUCAGGAGACAACUUAGAGAUGCAGUUGAACGGCUGGAGUUCUUGAUGGACUAUGCAGACUUGCCCCAAGAGGAUAUCAAACUGAACAGCACUGUGUUCCUCUGGCCAGACCAGAUUGAAGAUAUCUUUGAAAACAGCCGGAACCUUCUCCUUAGCAAGAGGGAUCAGGCAGAGAUGGACCUCAUUAAAAGGUGCUCAGAAUUUGAAGUGAAACUUGAGGGCUACAGCAAGGAACUAGAAGGUUUUAGGAAACGUGAAGUAAUGACUACAGAAGAAAUGAAGAACAAUGUUGAAAAGCUUAAUGAGCUUUCAAAGAACCUGGAACAAGCACUGGUGGAAUUUGAGUUGAUCAAUAAGGAGGAGGAGCUGUUGGAAAAGGAGAAGAGUACCUUCCCUCUUCUGCAAACUGUGAUGACCAACAAAGUGCCUUAUGAGCAGCUGUGGGUGACAGCCUACGAGUUUAGCACCAAGUCAGAGGAAUGGAUGAAUGGACCCCUCUUUUUACUGAAUGCUGAGGAAAUCGCAGAAGAAAUAGGGAAUAUGUGGAGGACAAUAUACAAAUUGACCAAGACCUUUGCAGACAUGCCUGCACCGAGGCGCUUAGCGGAGAAUGUGAAAAUCAAGAUUGAUAAAUUCAAGCAGCACAUCCCUAUCCUCACCAUUUCCUGCAACCCAGGAAUGAAAGACCGGCACUGGCAGCAGAUCAGUGAGAUUGUUGGCUAUGAAAUAAAGCCCACUGAAACGACUUGUCUCUCAAAUAUGCUGGAAUUUGGAUUUGGCAAAUUCAUUGAAAAACUGGAGCCCAUCGGUGCAGCUGCCAGUAAGGAGUACUCCCUGGAGAAAAACUUGGAGAAAAUGAAGUUAGACUGGGUUAACAUGACGUUCAACUUUGUGAAGUACAGGGACACUGAUACAAGCAUCUUGUGUGCAGUUGAUGACAUUCAACUAUUACUUGAUGAUCACGUGAUAAAAACCCAGACCAUGUGUGGCUCUCCAUUUGUCAAACCAAUAGAAACUGAAUGCCGGAAAUGGGAAGAAAAGCUAGUUCGUGUGCAGGAAAUUUUGGAUGCCUGGUUAAAGUGCCAAGUCACUUGGCUGUACCUGGAACCAAUCUUCAGUUCAGAGGACAUCAUAGCCCAGAUGCCAGAAGAGGGCAGGAAAUUUGCCAUCGUUGAUAAUUACUGGAAAUCACUUAUGUCCCAAGCUGUGAAAGAUACCAGGGUUCUGAUGGCAGCGGACCAGCCACGGAUGGCUGAGAGACUUCAAGAAGCCAACCUUCUGUUGGAGGACAUCCAGAAAGGGCUGAAUGAUUACUUGGAGAAGAAGAGACUAUUUUUCCCCAGGUUCUUCUUCCUAUCAAAUGAUGAGCUGCUGGAGAUAUUGUCAGAGACAAAGGACCCUCUCCGGGUGCAGCCACACUUGAAGAAGUGCUUUGAAGGAAUUGCCAAGCUGGAGUUUACAGACAGUCUGGAGAUUGUGGGCAUGAUCAGCUCAGAAAAAGAAAUCGUUCCAUUCAAACAGAAAAUCUACCCAGUUCAAGCCAAAGGCAUGGUGGAAAAAUGGCUCCAGCAGGUGGAACAGAUGAUGCUCGCCAGUAUGCAGGAAGUUAUUAAACUUGGGAUUGAAGCAUAUGUCCAGGUCCCGCGUAAUCAGUGGGUCUUGCAGUGGCCUGGCCAGGUGGUUAUCUGUGUCUCCUCCAUCUUUUGGACCAAGGAGGUUUCCCAAGCCCUGAUUGAAAAAACCCUACCGGAUUUUCUGAAGAAGAGCAAUGAUCAGAUUGCACAGAUUGUUCAGCUGGUGCGAGGGAAGCUGAGCAGUGGAGCUCGACUCACCCUCGGGGCUCUCACAGUCAUUGAUGUCCACGCUCGUGAUGUGGUAGCCAAGUUAUCUGAGGACAACGUCUGUGAUCUGAAUGAUUUCCAGUGGAUCUCCCAACUGCGCUAUUACUGGGACUCCAAGGAUGUACAGGUGCAGAUGAUUACUACAGAAGCCUUGUACGGCUAUGAGUACCUGGGAAACUCCCCCCGGCUGGUGAUCACACCCCUCACUGACCGCUGCUACAGGACGCUGAUGGGGGCUUUGAAGCUGAACCUUGGAGGAGCCCCAGAGGGUCCAGCUGGGACAGGCAAGACAGAAACCACCAAAGAUCUGGCCAAAGCUUUGGCCAAGCAGUGUGUGGUCUUCAACUGCUCUGAUGGUCUGGAUUACAAAGCCAUGGGGAAGUUUUUCAAAGGACUAGCCCAGGCUGGAGCAUGGGCCUGCUUUGAUGAGUUCAACAGGAUUGAGGUAGAAGUACUGUCUGUGGUAGCCCAACAGAUUCUCAGCAUUCAACAAGCCAUUAUCCGGAAGCUAAAGACAUUCAUCUUUGAAGGCACUGAGCUCUCUCUAAACCCAACUUGUGCCGUGUUCAUCACCAUGAACCCUGGGUAUGCUGGCAGGGCUGAGCUACCAGAUAACCUCAAGGUAAACAUCAGAGUGGGAAAUACUGGGUGUACUUUAUCAUAUAGAAACCUUUGGAAGUAUCCAGGCAUCUCACAGAGAAGCCAAAGAGGACAGGGCACAACAUGUUGGGAAUGUCUGCUGAGCAGGACAUGGUCCUUACUGGAGGGUCUGCAGACAUGUCUUUGCCCUCCCAGUCUUGCUCAGAAGAUUGUUGCAACCUACCGCCUGUGUUCAGAGCAACUCUCCUCCCAGCAUCACUAUGACUAUGGCAUGCGUGCUGUCAAGUCUGUGCUCACUGCUGCUGGCAACCUGAAACUCAAGUAUCCAGAGGAGAAUGAGAGUGUCUUGCUGCUCCGAGCUUUGCUUGAUGUCAACCUGGCCAAGUUCUUGGCUCAAGAUGUCCCUCUCUUUCAGGGAAUUAUAUCAGAUUUGUUUCCUGGAGUCAUUCUUCCACAGCCAGACUAUGAAGUUUUUAUGGAAGUACUAAAUGCGAACAUCAAAAAGAUGAAACUUCAGCCAGUACCUUGGUUUAUUGGGAAAAUUAUCCAGAUCUACGAGAUGAUGCUGGUAAGACAUGGCUAUAUGAUUGUUGGAGAUCCCAUGGGUGGCAAGACCUGUGCUUAUAAAGUGUUGGCUGCAGCUCUGGGUGAUUUAUACGAAGCCAACCAGAUGGAAGAGUUUGCUGUGGAGUAUAAAAUCAUUAAUCCCAAAGCUAUCACCAUGGGACAACUGUAUGGGUGCUUUGACCAAGUGAGCCAUGAAUGGACAGAUGGUGUCCUUGCCAAUGCUUUCCGAGAGCAAGCAUCUUCUUUGUCUGAUGACCGCAAGUGGAUUAUAUUUGAUGGGCCAGUGGAUGCUGUUUGGAUUGAAAAUAUGAACACUGUUCUGGAUGACAAUAAAAAGCUGUGUUUGAUGAGUGGAGAGAUUAUCCAGAUGAGCCCCAAGAUGAGUCUGAUCUUCGAGCCAGCUGACCUGGAACAGGCCUCCCCAGCCACUGUGAGCAGGUGUGGGAUGGUCUACAUGGAACCCCAUCAGCUAGGCUGGAAGCCCUUGAAGGAUUCAUACAUGGAUACCCUGCCUUCCAGUCUCACUGAGGAACACAAGGAAUUGGUCAAUGACAUGUUCAUGUGGCUUGUCCAGCCCUGCCUUGAAUUUACUCGCCUCCAUUGUAAGUUUGUGGUCCAGACAUCUCCCAUCCACCUGGCCUUCUCAAUGAUGAGGCUGUACUCGUCUCUCCUUGAUGAAAUCAGGGAAGCAGAAGAGGAGGAAAGUGAAUUAUUUGAAGGCCUGACAAGCCAACAGAUCUUCCUCUGGCUACAAGGUCUGUUCCUUUUUGCCUUGGUAUGGACGGUGGCCGGCACCAUCAACGCAGACAGCAGAAAGAAAUUUGAUCUGUUUUUCCGUAACCUGAUCAUGGGUAUGGAUAAUAACAACCCAAGACCCAAAAGCGUCAAACUCACCAAAAACAACAUAUUUCCAGAAAGAGGAAGCAUCUAUGAUUUUUAUUUCCUCAAGCAAGCUAGUGGACAUUGGUACACAUGGACAGAGUAUAUCACCAAAGAGGAGGAAAAUAUCUCUGCAAAUGCAAAGGUCUCAGAACUCAUCAUCCCCACCAUGGAGACAGCCCGACAGUCCUUCUUCUUGAAAACCUACCUGGACCAUGAGAUUCCAAUGCUGUUCGUAGGACCCACCGGCACAGGCAAAUCAGUCAUCACCAACAACUUCCUUCUUCGCCUUCCCAAAAAUACAUAUCUGCCCAACUGCAUCAAUUUCUCUGCCAGAACUUCAGCCAAUCAGACGCAGGAUAUCAUCAUGUCCAAGCUGGAUCGCCGGCGGAAAGGCCUUUUUGGGCCUCCCAUAGGGAAGAAAGCAGUGGUAUUUGUGGAUGACCUCAACAUGCCAGCCAAAGAGGUAUAUGGAGCCCAGCCCCCCAUUGAGCUCCUACGGCAAUGGAUUGACCAUGGUUACUGGUUUGACAGGAAGGAUACCAGUAAGCUGGACAUCACUGAUGUGCUGCUUGUGACAGCCAUGGGCCCUCCUGGGGGAGGAAGGAAUGACAUUACUGGACGAUUCACUCGCCAUCUGAAUAUCAUUUCCAUCAAUGCCUUCGAGGAUGACAUAUUAACCAAGAUUUUCAGUUCAAUUGCUGACUGGCACUUUGGAAAAGGGUUUGAUGUGGUGUUUUUAAGGUAUGGAAAGAUGAUGGUACAAGCAACAAUGACAAUUUAUAAAGCUGCAGUGGAGAAUUUCUUGCCAACUCCCUCCAAGUCACACUAUGUCUUUAACCUGCGGGAUUUCUCACGGGUGAUCCAAGGGGUAUUGCUCUGCCCUCACACCCACCUGCAGGAUGUAGAGAAGUUUAUCCGGCUUUGGAUUCAUGAGGUUUACCGGGUCUUCUAUGACCGUCUGAUUGAUCAUGAAGAUAGACAGGUCUUUUUUAACAUGGUAAGGGAAACCACCUCCAAUUGCUUCAAGCAGUCUGUGGAAAAGGUCCUCAUCCACCUAUCACCCACUGGAAAGAUAGUUGAUGAUAAUAUCCGUAGCCUCUUCUUUGGAGAUUUCUUCAAGCCAGAAAGUGACCAAAAGAUAUAUGAUGAGAUCACUGACUUAAAACAGCUCACAGUGGUCAUGGAAUAUUACCUGGAAGAGUUCAACAAUAUCAGCAAGGCCCCCAUGUCCUUGGUGAUGUUCAGGUUCGCCAUUGAGCACAUCUCUAGGAUCUGCAGGGUCCUGAAGCAGGACAAAGGCCACUUGCUCCUGGUGGGCAUUGGGGGCAGUGGGCGGCAAAGUGCCAGCAAACUGUCCACAUUCAUGAACUCAUACGAGCUAUACCAGAUCGAGAUCACAAAAAGCUACUCAGGCAACGAUUGGCGAGAGGACCUGAAGAAGAUCAUGCUCCAGGUUGGUGUGGCCACCAAGAGUACUGUGUUCCUCUUCGCUGAUAAUCAGAUCAAGGAUGAGUCAUUCGUUGAGGACAUCAACAUGCUUCUGAACACUGGUGAUGUGCCCAACAUCUUCCCUGCUGAUGAGAAGGCUGACAUUGUGGAGAAGAUGCAAAUGGCAGCCAGGACAGAAGGAGAAAAGAUAGAAAUCACUCCUCUUUCUAUGUAUAACUUCUUCAUUGAGAGAGUGAAAAAGAACCUUCACAUUGUCCUUGCCAUGAGUCCAAUUGGGGACACCUUCCGGAACCGCCUGCGAAUGUUCCCUUCUCUAAUCAAUUGCUGCACAAUUGACUGGUUCCAGUCUUGGCCCACAGAUGCCCUGGAGUUGGUGGCCAACAAAUUUCUAGAAGAUGUAGAGCUCGAUGACAAUAUUCGGACAGAGGUCAUCUUCAUGUGCAAAUAUUUCCAGGAGAGUGUGAAAAAGCUGUCACUUGAUUAUUACAACAUCCUUCGCAGACACAACUAUGUUACCCCCACCUCCUACCUCGAAUUGAUCCUAACAUUCAAGACACUCCUGAAUAAGAAGAGGCAAGAGGUUGAUAUGAUGAGGAACCGAUAUCUGACAGGCCUGCAGAAACUUGAAUUUGCAGCUUCACAGGUGGCCGUCAUGCAAGUAGAACUGACGGCCCUCCAACCCCAGCUCAUUCAGACCUCUGAGGAGACCGCUAAGAUGAUGGUGAAAAUCGAAGCAGAGACUCGAGAAGCUGAUGCCAAGAAACUUCUAGUGCAAGCAGAUGAAAAGGAAGCCAAUGCUGCUGCUGCCAUUGCUCAAGGAAUCAAGAACGAAUGUGAAGGGGACCUGGCAGAGGCGAUGCCGGCACUCGAGGCUGCACUCGCUGCGCUGGACACUCUGAACCCAGCAGAUAUCUCACUGGUGAAGUCGAUGCAGAACCCACCUGGUCCUGUCAAGCUGGUCAUGGAGAGCAUCUGUGUGAUGAAAGGGCUGAGACCAGAGAGGAAGCCGGACCCCAGUGGCAGCGGUAAAAUGAUAGAAGAUUACUGGGGGGUAUCGAGAAAGAUUCUCGGAGAUCUGAAAUUCUUGGAAAGUCUCAAGACAUAUGACAAAGACAACAUUCCCCCAGUGAUCAUGAAGCGGAUCCGGGAAAGGUUUAUCGAUCACCCAGAUUUCCAGCCUGCUGUAAUUAAAAAUGUAUCAUCUGCAUGUGAGGGUCUGUGCAAGUGGGUGAGGGCCAUGGAGGUGUAUGAUCGUGUGGCCAAAGUGGUGGCCCCCAAACGGGAGCGGCUGAAGGAAGCUGAGGGGAAGCUGGACACGCAGAUGCAGAAACUGAACCUGAAGCGAGCAGAGCUGAAGCUAGUGGAAGACCGCCUCCAGGCCCUGAACGAUGACUUUGAAGAGAUGAAUACCAAGAAAAAGACAUUGGAGGGAAACAUUGAAAUCUGUUCCCAAAAGCUGAUCAGGGCAGAAAAACUGAUUAGUGGUCUUGGGGGAGAGAAAGACAGAUGGACAGAAGCCGCUCGGCAGCUGGGUAUCCGUUACACUAAUCUGACGGGGGAUGUGUUGCUCUCCUCUGGGACUGUGGCUUACCUAGGGGCCUUUACUGUGGAUUAUCGGGCUGAGUGCCAGAAGCAGUGGCUGGCCCAGUGUGAGGACAAGGUCAUCCCUAGCUCCACUGACUUCAGUCUUAGCAACACAUUAGGAGAUCCUGUAAAAAUUCGUGCCUGGCAGAUUGCUGGGCUUCCCAUUGACUCCUUCUCCAUUGACAAUGGCAUCAUUGUAUCCAAUUCCAGACGCUGGGCUUUAAUGAUUGACCCUCAGGGGCAGGCCAAUAAGUGGAUCAAGAAUAUGGAGAAAGCAAACAAGCUGUCAGUCAUCAAGUUCUCGGAUACCAACUAUGUGAGGACGCUGGAGCACGCUCUGCAGUUUGGUGCCCCAGUCUUACUAGAAAAUGUUGGGGAAGAGUUGGAUGCCUUUAUUGAACCCAUCUUGCUCAAGUCCACAUUCAAACAGCAAGGGGUUGAGUACAUGAGGCUUGGUGAAAACAUCAUCGAAUACUCCAGAGAUUUUAAGUUAUAUAUCACAACCCGUUUGAGGAACCCACAUUACCUCCCUGAGGUGGCCGUGAAAGUCUGUCUCCUCAACUUUAUGAUCACUCCCUUGGGCCUCCAAGAUCAACUCCUUGGCAUCGUGGCUGCCAAGGAGAAGCCAGAACUUGAAGAGAAAAAGAACAAGUUGAUUAUGGAAAGUGCCAAGAACAAGAAACACUUAAAGGAAAUUGAAGAUAAGAUAUUGGAGGUCCUUUCCCUUUCUGAGGGCAACAUACUUGAGGAUGAGACUGCCAUCAAAAUUUUGUCUUCGUCCAAAGUGCUGUCUGAAGAAAUCUCUGAGAAACAGGAAAUUGCUUCAGUGACAGAAACACAGAUCGAUGAGACCCGUAUGGGCUACAAGCCAGUGGCUGUUCAUUCUGCCACCAUCUUCUUUUGUAUCUCUGACCUGGCCCACAUUGAACCCAUGUACCAGUACUCGCUGACAUGGUUCAUAAACCUCUACAUGCAGUCUCUGGCCCAUAGCAAGAAGAGUGAGGAACUAGAGCUACGAAUUGAGUACAUCAUUGAUCAUUUCACCCUCAGUAUCUACAACAACGUCUGCCGCUCUCUGUUUGAGAAGGACAAGCUGCUUUUCUCCCUCCUCUUGACAAUAGGAAUCAUGAAAGAGAAAAAGCAAAUUAAUGAGGAAAUUUGGUACUUUCUUCUAACUGGAGGCAUUGCCCUGGACAACCCUUUCCCCAACCCAGUUUCUGAGUGGCUGUCUGAGAAGGCAUGGGCAGAAGUGGUCCGUGCAUCUGCAUUGCCAAACCUGAAAGGCCUUAUGGAACAUUUGGAACAAAAUGGUAAUGAAUGGAAGUUCAUCUAUGACUCAGCCUGGCCCCACGAGGAAACAUUCCCUGGACCUUGGAAGUUUCUUGAAGGUUUGGAGAGGAUGGUGAUCCUCCGAUGUUUGCGGCCUGACAAAAUGAUUCCAGCCAUUCGGGAGUUCAUUGCUGAACACAUGGGAAAUGUAUACAUUGAAGCCCCUACAUUUGAUCUCCAGGGGUCCUACAAUGAUUCCAGUUGCUGUGCACCAUUGAUAUUCGUGUUGUCUCCAGGUGCAGACCCAAUGGCAGGCCUGCUGAAAUUUGCUGAUGAUCUUGGCAUGGGAGGUACCAAAACACAGACCAUCUCCCUUGGCCAAGGCCAAGGCCCUAUUGCUGCCAAAAUGAUCAACAGUGCCAUCAAAGAUGGGACCUGGGUGGUCUUACAGAACUGUCAUCUGGCCACAAGCUGGAUGCCUGCUCUGGAGAAGAUCUGUGAGGAGGUGAUUGUUCCUGAGAGCACCAACAUGGGAUUUAGACUCUGGUUAACCAGCUAUCCAUCAGAGAAGUUUCCAGUCAGCAUCCUCCAGAAUGGGAUUAAAAUGACCAAUGAGCCCCCUAAAGGGCUCCGGGCCAAUCUUUUGCGCUCUUACCUCAAUGACCCCAUCUCAGACCCCGUGUUCUUCCAAAGCUGUACCAAAGCAGUGAUGUGGCAAAAGCUAUUGUUUGGCCUUUGCUUCUUCCAUGCCAUCGUUCAAGAGAGGAGAAACUUUGGACCCCUAGGUUGGAAUAUUCCUUAUGAAUUCAACGAAUCUGACCUGAGGAUUAGUAUGCGACAGAUCCAGAUGUUUCUGAAUGAUUACAAGGAGGUGCCAUUUGAAGCUCUGACCUACCUGACAGGGGAAUGUAAUUAUGGAGGUAGAGUGACGGAUGACAAAGAUCGGAGGCUCCUGCUAUCCCUUCUGUCCACGUUCUUCUGUGAGGAAGUCGAGCAGGACCAUUACUUUCUUGCUCCUGGAGACACUUACUACAUCCCUCCUCAUGGCUCCUACCAGUCUUAUAUCGACUAUCUCAGAACCCUCCCUAUCACAGCCCAUCCUGAAGUGUUUGGCCUCCAUGAGAAUGCUGACAUCACCAAAGACAACCAGGAAACCAACCAGCUAUUUCAAGGAGUGCUCCUGACCCUCCCUAGGCAAUCAGGAGGGAGUGGCAAGUCCCCUCAGGAAGUGGUUGAGGAGCUGGCCCAGGACGUACUCUCCAAGCUUCCCAAUGACUUUGACUUGGAGUUGGUCAUGAAGUUGUACCCUGUGGUCUAUGAAGAAUCCAUGAACACUGUCCUAAGGCAAGAGCUCAUCAGAUUCAACAGAUUGACAGAAGUGGUCCACAGAAGCCUCAUCGAUCUGGGCCGGGCAAUUAAAGGGCAGGUUCUGAUGUCCUCAGAGCUGGAGGAUGUCUUCAGUAGCAUGCUUGUGGGUAAAGUGCCAGCCAUGUGGAUGGCAAAGUCCUACCCAUCACUGAAGCCCCUGGGAGGCUAUGUGGCUGACCUGCUGGCCCGCCUGGCCUUCUUCCAGGAUUGGAUUGACAAUGGACCUCCUGUGGUCUUCUGGAUCUCUGGAUUCUACUUUACACAGUCUUUUUUGACAGGUGUCUCUCAGAAUUAUGCUCGGAAAUACACCAUCCCCAUUGACCACAUUGGAUUUGAGUUUGAGGUAACCACACAAGAAACAGUCAUGGAGAGUAACCCAGAAGAUGGGGCCUACAUAAAAGGACUCUUCUUAGAAGGUGCCCGUUGGGACAGGAAAAAGAUGCAGAUCGGGGAGUCUUUCCCCAAAAUCCUCUAUGAUCCAUUGCCCAUCAUUUGGCUGAAACCUGGGGAAAGUGCAACGUUUCUGCAUCAGAACAUUUAUGUGUGUCCAGUCUACAAAACAAGUGCCCGGAGAGGUACCCUCUCCACAACAGGGCACUCCACCAACUAUGUCCUAUCCAUUGAACUCCCAACUGACAGGCCUCAGAAGCACUGGAUAAACCGAGGAGUAGCCUCUCUGUGCCAGCUAGAUAAUUGAUGGCACGUGUUUCAACACAAAAUAAAAAAGUAUCAUUCUUGACUGAAA